UUUUAUUCAAGAGCAUAAUAAAUUCAUAAGACUAUAUAAAGCAAUAAAUUUGUGUCCCAAUCAAUCAGUUGAAAUAAAAUUACUCUCAAGUCAAAAUGGCUUUGAAUAAAAUACUUUUACAGUGCAUUGCUCUGUUCGCUGUUGCUAGCUAUUGUAUUGGUGUAACUAUUCAACCACGAAGCGCCUGGGGGGCUGCUCCACCAAAAUGGAACACUAAAAUUCGAGGAGGACCUGUUCAGUAUGUGAUCAUUCAUCAUUCGGACAAUCCAAAUGGAUGUUCGGACUCAGCACGUUGCCAGCAAUUGAUUCGUAAUAUCCAAUCGGAUCACAAGGGUCGACGAGGUUUCAGUGAUAUUGGAUAUAAUUUUAUUGUCGCCGGUGAUGGAAAAGUCUAUGAAGGACGUGGUUUUGGCAAUCAAGGGUCACAUGCACCACGUUACAAUGAUAAAAGUAUUGGAAUUGUUUUUAUUGGAAAUUUUGAAAAUCAACUUCCAUCAUCAACAAUGUUGAAUAAUGCUAAGGAAUUAAUCGCACAAGCUGUGUCGAGUGGAUAUCUUAAGAGCGAUUAUACUUUAUGGGGUCACAGGCAGACAAAGUCAACUGCUUGUCCUGGUACAGCGUUAUUUAAUGAAAUAAAAACCUGGCCACAUUGGUCAAGUUAAUUUGUUUGACCUAUUUAUUAUUUAGUUUUACAAGUAUAAUAUUUAAAAAAAAUAAUAACUAAAGUUAACUAUUCUA